AUGGUCCACCUCAGGGGUUGGGCCGUGCCCGGCCAGGUGGUGAUGCUCUGGGCAGGCCGGGUGGGAGGGGCCGGUCGUCGGGGCGCACGGGGAAGCAGCUUCGAGGUCUCGGCCCCAAUUCGCUGGACAUCCGAUGGGACGGCAGGGGCGGCGAGCGCGAGCGCUCGCGAGACCGGAGGGGACGGAAGCGCGGCGCAGACUGCCCUGGAGGCCGAGAUCGAGGCUGAGGUCCUGGGCCGGAGCAGCCAGACGACCACCACAGAAUGGGGGGGCUUUGCUGCUAUCGCGUCGCCCCUUGCCGCCCUGCCUGAGGGAGACCGUCGCGAGGAUAUCGACAGGGAGCUCAUGCGUCGAGCGGAGGCGGCCGAGGCGGCCGAAGCCCAGCGGACAAGAGGGCGAAGGCCGCGGACAGCUUGGGCGAGAGAGUCCGGGCUCGACAGGCAGGCUCUCGGCCUGCUGGCCGCCGCGGGGCCGACCUGCUGGAGGGCCGCGUGCGCAGUAGUCAGGAGGGAAAGAAACACGCAGACACAAUGA